AUGGCGACAUCGGCCUUCAAAUCGACGACCAAGAGGGCCUCACCCGGUUCCAGCUCCGGCGGCUCCCUCCGCCGUUCCCGUAGCCUAAGCCGAUUCUCACACCCCAUCCCGACGGAGCCGGAUGUCGAGGCCGAGUACAACCGGAACGCGCCCCGUGGGAAGUUCGUGAACACCACGAGGGGAUCGACGGCGGCGCCGUUCCCGGAGAUCAGCUUGGAUGAUCUGGCGCUCGAGUUCUUCUCCUCCUCGUCGAAGAACGGGAACGACAGCAGCGACGGGGCUGUGGCGGGGAAGCAGGAGAGAGAAGGGCGGUCGGUUUCAAGGCAACGGGAGAUUGGGCGGUGGGCGCGUGAUACGGCGUCGUCGUCCAGAAGGAGGGGAAGGUCGGUGUCGAGGACUCGUGCGGGUGAUGUUGCUUCGGGUGGGCCCGUCUCCGGAGUUAAAAAGGUUGUUUCCUCCGAUGCAAGCUCGAGGCGGCGGAGGUCACUAUCGGUGGCGAGGUUUCAGAUUAGCGAUUCCGAGAGUGAGGUAGAUCGUUUUCGAACUAAGAGCAACCAUCCUGCUGUGAAGGCCCCCUUCAAUGGAAAUAGCCAUAUGUCAUUGGCACAAAAGACCACAGCUUCGGGCAAUCGGAGGCUAGGAAGGUCACAAAGUCACAAAGAUCUCCAUCUUUUAAAUGAUGGUUAUUCUAGCCAGUCUUCUGCCCUAACUGACGAGGAAUCAAGGAAUACUCAUUUUGGGAAACAUGGUUUUGAGAAGAUAAUCCGGCCAGUAUACUCACAGAAGGCAGUACAUCCCACUGAGGAUGCUGCAAAUGGUGGAUUGUAUGAAGCAAUGCGGAAAGAACUCAGAUAUGCUGUUCAAGAAAUCCGAUCCGAACUCAAUCAAGCAAUGGGAAGGAAUCAAAUAUCUAGUAAUGACUGCUUGCAGUCAGAUAAGGAUGCCUGUAGAAUCAGAGAAAAAUAUGCAACAAAAUUGGAGCAGUUGGAGAAGCACAAACAAGAUCUUCUCAAAGAAAUGUUAUUUGAGGAACGGGGUCAAGAGGUGCCUAAAAUGGUCAAAGACCUUCCAUAUUCAAGAUCUUCAACUGUGCUAGAGAAACCAUCACGAGCUAGAAAGAGAAGUAGCGACAGAAAUGGGGUGUCAAAGAAAUUAAUUGAGGAGGCCGAGAAAUACUUUGAGGACUUCAUUUGUAACAUUGAAGACACAGAUAUAUCGUCCUUUGAUGGUGAAAGGAGUGAUGAGAGUUUGAUUUUGGGCGGGCGAAUGAGGGAAAGAGAAGAUGCCACAACUGUAAGAGAGGCCAAUCAAACUAGCAAAAAAGAUCAAGCAUCUCAACCUGUUGAAAUGGAUGGUGUUAUUUUGCCGUGGUUGCAGUGGGAGACUAAUCAUGACAAUGACUAUCCUUUGGGAAAAAACAUGACUCCUUUGACUCCAAAAUCUGUGCAGAGGAACUCAGAAAAGGACACGGUCCCAUUCAACGACCAACGUAGUCACUCCAUUAGCAGUCAUGGCAGUUGGAGCCCAGGUGUUUUCAAUAGUCCUCCCAUUAUUAAGAGGAAAGAUGCACGCAAAACUGUGCAAGUCGAAAAUGCCUCUGGAUUUGACAUGGAUGAGUACCUGAAACUUAGAAAUAAAGACGAACUAUUGUUCGAUAUGUACAAAGAGCGGAGCAGAAUCAGUUUAGGUGGAAUGCUGCUUUGCAAUGGGGGCUUUUAUUGA